AAUAGGGUGUGCCCAUCAGUGUGCCCCCUUGCAUUAGGUGUGCCCAUCAGAGAGCUCCUUUACAUCAGUUGUCCCCAUCAGAGUGCCCCUUUACAUCAGGCAUCCCCAUCACAGUGCCACCUUACGUCAGGUAUUCCCGUCAGAGUUCCCCCUUACACUCAAAGUACCCCUUUCCAUCAUAUUUCCCCAUUCGAGUGCCCCUUUCUAUUACACGUGCCCAUCAGAGUGCCCCUUUCCACAGUAUGUGCCCAUUUGUGCUCCCUUAACAUAACAGGUGUUCAUCAGAGUGCCCUUUAAACAUAAAGGAUGCCCAUCAGAGUGUCCCUUAACAUAAAAUGUGCCCGUCAGAGUGCCCCUUAACAUAAAAAGGGCCCGCCAGAGUGCCCGUUAACAUAA